GGUGGGACUGGGACGCGUAUCAGCGUGAGGAGGAGGAGGCGGCGCAGCGGAAGCGUUCUCGAGGGGAGGCCGCAGCAGCAGCGGCAGCAGCAGCAGCAGCAGCAGCUGGGGGCCGGAAGCGGCGCGCAGCAGCAGCAGCAGGAGUUGCGCUGCUUGCUGCUGCUGCUCGCGUGGAGGAAGAGGAGGGUUUGUGCGGGGCGGUGGGAACGCCGACGAAGCCCGCAGCAGCAGCAGCAGCAGCAGCAGCAGGGGCGGGCGGCGCGGUGCCGCCGCCCGCAGCAGCAGCAGCAGCAGCAGCAGCAAAACACGGAGUGGACUACUACUAUAAAGGAGGCCGCAGAGUUGUUCUUGCAAGAACUCCUCCGUUGGUGAAGCAAAGAAGAGGAGAACUUCUUGCUGCUACUUUGGGACUAAGUCCUUUGGAUGAUCCUUGGAUGGCUGCUGCAGUGGGGCUGCUGCCUGCUGCUGCAGCGCAGCAGCAGCAGCAACAGCAGCAGGGCGCGGCAGAGCGCGAGGCGCUGCUGCAGCAACGCAGGGAGCAGCAGCAACUCAGCGGCCUCCUCAAUGGCUUCUCCGGCCAGUGGCUUUUCAUGCUGCAGUCCCUCGUGCUGCCGCGCAGCAAGCUGCUGCAGCUGCUGCUGCCGGUGCCGCUGGAUUUGCUGCACAACCCCACAAGUCUCUUUGCCCCGCUGCCGCCGCUGCUGUCCCCUUUGCUGCUGACGGAGCUCGCCGUGCUGCACCAAAACCCUGCUGCUGCAGCACAUUUGCUGGCAGCAAAUUUGCUGCUGCACCGCAUAGGAGACACAAUUGCUGUCAGGGCCCUCGACCCUGCCCAGAAGCGCCUCGCCUUCAAAGAAAACCAGCAGCAGCAGCAGCAGCAGCAGGCAGCAGAGGAGCAACAAGGGAAAGUCCACACCAAACGAACCGACACACCCAGGUGCGCCUCCUCCUGCUGCUCUUCUUCCUGCUGCUGCUGCUGCUGCUGCUGCUGA